UGUGUCCCCAGCGCGGAGGCCAUGGCGGCCGUGGCGGGGGGCGGCACGGGGCCCGGCACCGGCACCGCCGGGGCCCGCGCCGCGACCACCAACAUCUUGGCCCAGCUGCGGCACGGGCAGCUCAGCGGGCGCGGGCUGACCCGCGGGGCGCAGAUCACAGAGGCCUUGUUGAAGGAAAGAGAUAAACAAGCAAAAUGGAAUGGGAUCCCCUUGCUGUUGCAGAAGCUGUAUGAGCACAGCCACCCAAACAGCGACUUCUCCCAGUGCCAAAGCAUCCUAAAGGAAAUUUCUCCACUCCUUUCGAUGGAAGCCAUGGUUUAUGUCACAGAAGACAGAAAAGCUGCUCAAGAGUCCAGUUUUCCAAACACCUACACCUUUGACUUGUUUGGAGGAGUCGAUCUUUUAGUAGAAAUUCUUAUGAGACCAACUCUUAUUACACAGAAAAAGAAGCAGAAAAUAAGUGAUGACCUCAUCAAGGACUGUUUAAGCAUACUGUACAACACCUGUAUAUGUACGGAAGGAGUCACACGGCGGCUGGCAGAGAGAAACGACUUCGUGCUCUUCCUGUUUACACUGAUGACAAACAAAAAGACAUUCCUACAAACUGCAACGCUCAUUGAAGAUAUCCUGGGAGUUAAAAAGGAAAUGAUCCAGCUGGAUGAUAUUCCCAACCUGGCCAGCCUGGUGUCCAGCUUUGACCAGCAGCAGCUGGCCAACUUCUGCAGGAUCCUGGCUGUCACCAUCUCGGAGCUGGACACAGGCAGUGAUGACAAGCACACACUUCUGGCCAAAAAUGCCCAGCAGAAAAAAAACUUGGGCCCUUCCCGAGCUGAAAUUAAUCAAGCUACACUUCUGAAUAUUCCAGGCUUCAUUGAGAGGUUGUGCAAGCUGGCCACACGCAAGGUGUCUGAAACAACAGGGACUUCCAGCUUCCUGCAGGAGCUGGAGGAGUGGUACACGUGGCUGGACAAUGCCCUGGUGCUGGAUGCACUGAUGAGAGUGGCAAAUGAAGAGGCAGAGCAGAGCAGUACAGAGUCUUCAGAUGAGAGUGGACUGGCCAACACCUCCACAAGGACACAGCUGCCCCAGUCCAUGAAGAUCAUGCACGAGAUCAUGUACAAGCUGGAGGUGCUCUAUGUUCUCUGUGUGCUGCUCAUGGGCAGGCAGAGGAAUCAGGUUCAUAAAAUGAUAGCAGAGUUCAGACUCAUUCCUGGCCUCAAUAACCUGUUUGACAAACUCAUCUGGAGGAAGCACUCUGCCUCAGCCCUGGUUCUGCAUGGACACAACCAGAACUGUGACUGCAGCCCGGACAUUACUUUAAAGAUACAAUUCUUGAGGCUUCUUCAGAGCUUCAGUGACCACCAUGAGAACAAGUAUCUGCUUUUGAACAGCCAGGAACUGAAUGAGCUGAGUGCAAUCUCCCAUAAAGCCAACAUCCCUGAAGUGGAUGCAGUUGUCAACACUGACAGGAGCCUUGUCUGUGAUGGGAAGAGAGGUUUGUUGACCAGAUUGCUUCAGGUCAUGAAGAAGGAACCUGCAGAAUCCUCCUUCAGGUUUUGGCAAGCAAGGGCCGUUGAAAGUUUUCUGCGAGGCACCACCUCCUAUGCAGACCAGAUGUUCCUCCUCAAGAGAGGACUCCUGGAGCAUAUUCUCUACUGCAUUGUUGAUAGUGAGUGCAAGUCACGGGAUGUGCUUCAGAGUUACUUUGACCUUCUGGGAGAGCUGAUGAAAUUCAAUAUUGAUGCAUUCAAGAGGUUCAACAAGUACAUCAACACAGAUGAGAAGUUCCAGGUAUUUUUAAAUCAGAUCAACAGCUCUCUGGUGGACUCAAACAUGCUCGUUCGCUGCAUCACGCUGUCCCUGGACCGCUUUGAGAAUCAGUCUGAUGCUAAAGUUGCAGAAGUCCUGUCCGAGUGCCGCCUGUUGUCCUACAUGUCCCAGAUGUCCAUGAGAAUGUCCUUCCUCUUCCGUCUCAUUAACAUUAUCCACGUCCAGACACUGACACAGGAAAAUGUCAGUUGUUUGAACACAAGUUUAGUUAUCCUAAUGCUGGCCCGAAGGAAAGAAAAGCUCCCUUUUUAUCUGCGCACCUUGCAACAGAUGGAAUACACAGAAAAAUACCCUGGCUUCAUCCUGAACAACUUCCACAGCCUCCUGCGAUUCUGGCAGCAGCAUUACCUCAACAAGGAUAAAGACAGCACCUGCUUAGAAAAUAGCUCCUGUAUUAGUUUUACCUACUGGAAAGAGACUGUUUCGAUACUGCUCAGUCCGGACCGGACGUCCCCCUGUGCCAUAGUGAGCUACAUCGACGAGGCGUACAUGGACAUUGACAGAGACUUCUCUGAGGAGUAAUUCCACCUCCAGCUUGUGAUGGACAGCUCGGAGGCUCCCUCGCAGCCCGGGCAUUUUCAGGGAUUCGCUGUGUAGUGUGUGUGUGCAGCUUGGAGCUGCGGAGCGUCCCACCCCUGCCCCUGCCGGCCCCCAGCUCUGACCUCUGAGACUCGGACAGCUCUCUGGGCAAUACAUUCAGGGAUGUAUCUUCCAGUUGUUCUGGGAUAAAAAUAAUCACCUGCACAAACCA